AUGUCAGAUUUUUUUGGUUCUUUCAGAAAAAGGAAAGGUUAUGGCGGACAUCCGGGAGCAACCUCUCCUCGUUCUUCCAUGGAUAGUUCGUCGAGAAGGAGUCAUGGAGCAAAUGAUGUUGAAGAACCAAUGCCUAAUUCGGACGAACAAAUAGAUGAGCUUUUCGAUCAAAUGCUCAGUCGAAGGGGCUUAAAUGAAGAGAAAAAGAAACCUUUGAAAGCAACGUUAGAUUACAAAACAAAAUGGGCCAUGAUUGUCCAGGAUCGAAAAGCAGAACAAGUUGUUUCUGGUCGAAAACCAGGUAUUAUUGAUUAUAAUCUUCCACAAUAUGACGAACAACAACAGCCUUUGAUGACUGUAUUAACAGAAUUAGCCGGCGAAAUGUGGACAGCAACGAGAGAUUCGACAGCGAGAGCGGUAGAGCGUCAUACAAACAAAAGCUCACAUUUAGCACCUGUUGGUCGUCGUGUUUCAGAAGCCAUUCAGCCUCAUUCUAUAUCUACCAAUGAUAUUUCCAUUCCUUCUAUAUCAGUUGCCUACGAAGGAUUAUCUGCCAGUGAUAGGAAUACACCGGAAUAUUUCAUUCGAAAGUUUAUGGAACCUGAUUUGCGAGCAGUAACGCCUACUUUGGCCGAUAACUUGGCAGUUAGUCUGCGUACUCGGCCUUUGGAUUGGGUUAUUCGAUUCACUGAUUUGAAAGGGCUGAAAGUGAUUUCAAAAGGGCUUUCUUAUCUCAACAAAAAGCCUGAUUCGGAACGAAAGGGACAGAACUUGGAAUUAGAAUAUGGGCUUAUCAAAUGUAUCAAGGUAUUGCUGAACGCUAGAUGGGGUGCCCGUGAAGCCAUCUUAAAUCCCGAAUAUAUACACUCUUUUGUAUUCUCUAUCAUUUGCCCUCAAUGGCAAUCCAGGAGAACGAUUUGCGAUAUACUGCUCUAUUUAUGUCACUGCGAUGUGCCCUUAGGAAAUAAUAUUGUGAUGGAAGGUUUCGAACUACUUAGACAACAUAGAAAAGAUCUCGGCAUUUUUGAUUCUUGGUUGAAGGAUUUUGAGCAUUCCUUAGAUGGAAGCCAUAGGACAGGAAGAGCUUACUCAACCGAUAAAUACCAUAAACUAAAUGUUUAUGUUCCACCUGAUAGCCAUCUAGUGGAAUAUUGUAUGUCUUAUAUCGGUUUGAUUAAUGCUAUCUCUUAUAUUCCAACUGAAGUCACUGACAGAAUAUACAUUCGAAGCCAACUCAAAACUUCCGGAUUAGAACGAAUAUUCAGAAAAUUGGAGUUAUUAGACGAUGCGAAACUCUAUGAUCAAAUGGAGAAGUAUCGAAAGAGAGCUGACAGUGAUUUGGAUGAAGCUUUUGGUGACGAGCUGUCAAUGUACAGUGAUAUUUCGGAACCAAAUGAAUUGCUCGACCUAAUCCUUGAAAGUAUUGCCGAUGCGCCAAACGCACACAGCUUUUUAUUGCAGACGUUCAAAAGCAUGCUUUUAAUAAAGGGUAAUCCUGAUAGAAAGACUCAAUAUCAUCAAGCUAUCAGCAAUGUUGUGGCGAAUAUAGUUAUGGACCGUAGAGAAGGUGUCACAGCUGAAGAAUUAGGUUCUGCUGCGUUUGGAAUAUCAGUCAAUGCUAUGGUGGGUCGUUUUAAUGAGCUAGAACGCUUGCAGGAGCUUGCUCGAUCUGCUGAAGAAGAUCGUGAAUUAGCCAUAAAGUUGGGUGCAGAAAAUAAAGAUUUAAAAGAACAGAUUGAAACAUUGAAAAAGCCAACUAAUCAUGACCUGCAGGGCCCUCAACGAAAUUACAAAAUGGAAAAUAUUGCUUUGAGAGCUUUACAACAGCAAUCUAAUAAAACCAUUACUAUGUUACAGCAACGUUUAAAAGAGAAGACAGAGCAAUUAGAGAAUUUUAUCAAUGCCUCAGGUUAUAUUGAUGAUACAUUGAUGCCUGUCGCUCCGAUCGCUCCGACGACUACAACAAUAUCAUCAAUAUCUUCUUCAUCCUCAUCUUCUAUUGUUGUGGGUGAAGAUUGGAAGCUUGCUAGUACAAAGAAAACUUCAUCUCAUGCUACCCCCUUAUUUUCAUCAAUCGCAUCACAGCAGCACCUACCAUCACAAUACCCUCACGCGGAAGCUAUUCACAAUAAUAAUUUCAUGACUACUACAAAUAUAGGCCCAGGAGGAUUCAUUAUACCCGGUUCAGGACCAGCGAUGUCGUUUUUACCUGGUUCUCAGCAACAGUACAAUCCACAAUAUCAACUUGUUGAUAAACGUUCGCAGCACAGCUAUCCUCCCAAUUAUAACGCAGAUACAGACAAUGAAAAUGAAGUCAGCAGGAAAGCUUCAUCAAUAUCAUCUCAUCCAACUUCCCUGAUGGAUAGAAACGAGGCUUCAAGUCGACCCACUCCUAAAGCAGAUGAAACGCCAAAUGCCUCGACCAUUGAUCAAGCAGAUGUAUCAAAUACCGCCGCUUUACCGCCACCGCCACCACCGCCGCCACCACCUCCGCUAGCUUCUGGGGGUACAAUUACAGCACCUUCUCCUCCCCCUCCUCCGCCUCCUCCGCCUCCUCCACCCUCAGGUUCAAAUGUCACAGGUGUUCCUCCUCCUCCUCCUCCUCCUCCACCACCUCCACCACCAUCAGGUUCAAAUGUCACAGGUGUUCCUCCUCCUCCUCCUCCUCCUCCUCCUCCACCACCAUCAGGUUCAAAUGUUAUAGGUGUUCCUCCUCCUCCUCCUCCCCCUCCUCCACCAUCAGGUUCAAGUGUCAUAGGUGCUCCCCCUCCUCCUCCUCCUCCUCCACCCCCUCCUCCAACAUCAGGUUCAAGUGUCUCAGGCAUUCCUCCACCCCCUCCACCCCCUCCACCUGGUGGUGUCAAAGGACCCACAGCUCCUCCUGUACCUUUAGGGCCUGUUCGUAAAGAAAUUCGUCACUAUCCCCAAAUUAAAUUAAAGAACUUACAAUGGCAAAAAUUGGAUGCACGUCUUGUUGACAAUACUAUAUGGAAACUCGAAGAUGUGAAUGAGAAUGAUUUGGAAGAUGCAUUGGAUAAAUACGGUGUUUUUGCCAAAAUUGAAGAUCUUUUCCCUGCUAAAGAAAACAAGUUUUUUGAAAAGAAGAUGAAGGUCAAGAUCGAAGAAAAGAAGGAUGCCAUUAAAUUUCUCAGUAAAGAAAAAUCUAAAAAUAUCAAUUUGGCUGUUUUGCCUAGGGUGAAAACUUACCCCAACUUUGCUUCCGUACGAUCAGAUAUAAUGCGUAUGAAUGAUGAGCUUUGUACAGAGAUAUUUUUGAGCAAUUUACUAGCGUUCAUACCAAGUAAAGGUGAUGAUUUAAAGCUGAUGGAAAAAUAUUUAAAAGAAACGCCAGAGGCUUGCGAAGAAUUGGAUAUACCAGAACAAUUUACCAUUGAGAUGUACAGAAUGUAUCGUUACGAGGCACGUAUACAAUACAUGCUUUUUAGAGUUCAGUUCUGGGAGAAAUUUGAACAUUUGGAAAAGAAUAUGACGGUGAUUUUAAACGUGUCAGAUGCUUUGAAAAACUCGAAAAGCCUAAAGAAUCUACUCGGUGUGAUCUUAUUGCUUGGUAACUUCAUGAACGCUUCCAGUUUACAAGGCGGGGCAUUUGGUAUGCGUAUCUCUAGUAUCAAUAAGCUGGUUGAUACGAAAGCAUCAAACAUAACUUCGAUAACCCUACUUCACGUUGUCACUGGUGUCACUCGCCGACAAUUCCCACAUUUACUGGCCUUUUUGGAUGAUCUGAAGGAUAUAGAGCACGCCUCCCGCAUUAUGGCCAGCCUCAAUGAUAUGGUUCAGCAAUAUACUGAGCUUAGAAAAGGUUUAAAAGAGCUCGACUUGGAGCUGGGAACUAAGUGGCAGCCGGAAGAUAUUGAAUUGGACGAGGAACAUGACCGUUUCCGUAUUGUUAUGACUGAAUAUCGAGAUAAGGCUUCAACAAGAUUUGAGGAUUUGCAAACUCUAUACAUCAAUAUGGAUGCUAGUUGGAAGGAUGUAAUGAGUUAUUACGGUGAAAACCCUAAAGUGAUGAGACCAGAUGAUUUCUUUGGUACAUUUGCUCGAUUCGUCGUAUCCUGGAGAGAGGCCAGCAAAGCAGAAGAAAAAAUGGCACUAAAACAAGAACGCGAGGAAAAACGAAGACGUGAGGAAAAUGAAAGACAGGAGCGUAUGAAGUUGAAGAAAGAAAAGGCCGCAGCAGCAUUGAAUGAAAAGAGAGGUUCUGUCCAAGGAAUCAGUACAGAUUCUGAUAAAAAGGGAGAAGAUGAUCGCUGUAUGAUGGAUAACCUGAUAGAGAAAUUAAGGGCUGGAGAGAUCGAAGUUCGCUCCAACAGGAGAAGCAGUAGAAAGCAUAAAAAUGAAGCAGUGGUAGCUGUAAACGAAGUAGAGGAUCAUGUAACAAGUAUUUCAGCUGUUGAUCUGCUAAAAAACUUAAAAUCAGAUGAUUCACUAAGAGUAUUGGAUUCUUCAAAUUCUUCGAAGUCUCUUGAGGAAGGCGAACUGUCAGUAUCUGCUGCUAAUGAGAUUCUUGAAACGGCAAAAGAGAACUCUGAAGAAUUCUCUCAGAGUCAUUAA